ACAAGGUCGAUGUCAGAAAACAAUAUGGCGGCUAUCCAACCAGGCUGAGCUCAGAGACAUGACUCAAUCGCCCAAAUAACAACAAAAUAACGCGCACUGAUUCUAACAACGCUACGGUGAUACAUAGUUGAUAUAACAGAGAGUUGGGAAUUCUGGUUUCGAUAUGUCCACAGGGGUGGUAUCGCCCACAGAUGGCGAUUUAGACGAAGAUUCCUUGCAAGAGCUAUUUACGUGGAUAGACGAAAUCCCUCUUUCAAGACCGAAGAAAAGUAUUACUCGGGACUUCAGCGAUGGAGUGCUUGUUGCAGAGAUUGUUAAGAACUUCUUGCCUAAACUUGUGGAUAUUCACAACUACUCACCUGCCAACUCGCUAACACAAAAGCUUACUAACUGGAGCACAUUAAAUAGGAAAGUUUUGACAAAGCACCUGAAUUACACCGUCUCAGAUAACACUAUCAACAACAUUGUCAACUGCAAGGCUGGUGCAAUAGAACAUGUACUGUUUGUCUUGCGAGGCAAGAUUGAAAAGCACAUAGCAAGAAGAGAAGCACAAGAAUUGCGCAAACAGCAAAAAGUUUAUGAUGAUUUCUCUCCUGAGGGACCUGUCAAAGAUCACACUGGAUUUAACACUGAAGAGUAUUAUCCUAAUGGUGCUGAUAAUAACUAUGGCUAUGCAUUUAACACAGUCCCAGGGUGGGGUCCUGGGGUGGUACCCACGGGCUACCCUAUCCAGCCACAGCCUGAGAUGAGUGGUUUCCAUCCUGGAGCCCCCCCUGCAAAACCACCUAUUUCAGGCACAAAGCAGGGGGAUGCCGGUCCCCCAACAGAGGGCAGCUCUAUGCGGCUGAGACCAAGAGGGCAAUCGUACAAUAAUGUGGAUGGAAAAGGUCGAAUAAACCCUACAGGCAAAGGUGGUAAAGUAGCAAGGGCACAGUCUUACCAGGAUGUAUCUGUUGAUGAUCAGCCAAACUUACGGCUUAUAUUGGAGGAGAAGGAACAGGCUUUACUUGCCUCUCAAGAAACUAUACAGAUUCUUCAAGCCAAGAUGCGGCGACUGGAACAUCUCUUGCACUUAAAAGACUUGAGGAUAGAUGACUUAGCAAAAAGACUGCAGUCAGCUACCCAUCCCCUACCAAGGCAGCUACCGCCCCAACAAAACGCGCCUCAACCAGGGACCAUGGAUACAGGGGUGCACCCAGCCGUCAUGCAGCACCCCUUGCAUCACCCUAACCCACUACCGCCCCUUAACCACCACCAGCCCAUGCAACAACAAUAGAUGGACCAGUAGGGGGGCCCUGCAUCACCCUAACCCACUACCCCCCCCCCCUUAACCAUCACCAGCCCAUGCAUUAACAGCAGAUGAACCAGUAAGAGGGGAACUACAUCACCCUAACCCACUACCGCCCCUUAACCACCACCAGCCGACUCUACAACAGCAGAUGGACCUUUAAGAGGGGAACUACAUCACCCAAACCCAAGACCACCACUGAACCACUACCAGCCAUGCAACAACAGCAGAUGGACCGGUAGGGGGGCCCUGCAUCACCCUAACCCACUACCCCCCCCCCCUUAACCAUCACCAGCCCAUGCAUUAACAGCAGAUGAACCAGUAAGAGGGGAACUACAUCACCCAAACCCAAGACCGCCACUUAACACUUCCCGCCAUGUAACAACAGCAGAUAAACCAAUAGGGGGCCUGCAUCACCCUAACCCACUACCACCCCUUAACCACCACCAGCCGACUCUUCAACAGCAGAUGGACCUUUAAGAGGGGAACUACAUCACCCAAACCCAAGACCGCCACCUAACACUACCCGCCAUGUAACAACAGCAGAUGGACUGGUAAGGGGGCCUGCAACACCCUAACCCACCACCAGCCGACUCUACAACAACAGAUGUACCAGAAGGGGGGAACUAUAUCACCAUUAUCCACUACCGCCACUGAACCACUACCAGCCAUGCGACAACAGCAGAUGGACGAGAACUGGCAACCCUGAGCCCCUUGCUGAUCCCCUCACUUCAAACUUGUGCCGUUUGAAGUGUAAGGUCCACAAGGAGCUAGUUCAUACCUCCUGGUGGCUUGCGCCUGUCUCACAGACAAACAGAACUGUACAUACCGAUCAGUAAGAAAGGCUUUAUGUACUUUAUUGUUAAAAAAUUACAAUUGGUUGCAACGCCUUUACCAGAGACGACUUAACAAAUACUACGUGAAUAAGAAUAUGGCCUCGAAGAUCUCCUAUUAUUAGCUGCGCCCUUUAUGGUGGCACAGACGCCCUGCAGUUAUACUUGUAUAAUUCUGCAGUGUUGUGUUUAAGGUAUAGCUUUUAACAAGGGCUGAAAUAUCUCCGUGUUCUCAAAUAACACUUCCAUGGGCUUGUGCUAAACCUCCAAUGGGCAGACAUUGACACAAGGCAUCGAGUUGAAGAUUCUCUAGUAAACGGCGAGCAGCAAAAGUAAGAUUUAAAUGAUGCUGAAAAUAUUUAUAACUAAGUGGUACGGCCAGUGAAGUCUUCUUUUCUUUGUCAUUCAUUUCCUUUCCACUUGCUAGACUGAGAAAGGAAUGUGUGACUGAUUCAUUGAAGAAGCUGUCAGAUACAUAAUUACCGCUGUCGCCUUUGAUUGAAGUUUUUCUAUACUGUUUAAGACAUUUUGAUGCUUUUGGACCAAGAAGGGCAAUUAUAACUGAACAUUUUAACCUAACAAUGUUAAAUACCUAUAAGAAUUGUAUCUAAAGGCUUUACUGUAUUGAUAUUAUUGUAAAACCUGGCCAGCAACCUCGCCCUGAGAUGUAGUCAUAUACUAAAAAAAAUUUCAGUAUAUCAUUGUAAAUAAGAAUUUUUUUUCUUUUAUUUUUUAACAUACGUACUUCAUUAUCAAUUAUAGAUAAAAAUGUAUUAUUUAUCGUA